CUUCCCUCUCAUGCCUCGACCUCCUUUUGGGAUGCACUCCCUAUGUCGAUCACCAAGACGCAGUGUGAUUUGUGACAUCUAUAAGCAGCAUCGCAGAUCCUCACGACGAUCUUUUGCAGUCUUGGCAUCCAGAACCUACGAAGACGCUGUUGAUCUGCUAAACACACUUCAAACACCAUUUGAAGCCCUAAAGAAGCAAAGAGAUAUCGGUAUUCGACCCAGCGAGACAGCGAACAGCGAACUGAGGAGAUACCUUGACCAAACUGGCUACUCACAACGAGACUUGAACAAACUCAAUGUCAUCCACGUCGCUGGCACCAAAGGCAAAGGCUCCACCUGUGCUUUCGUUGACUCGAUCCUGUCACAAUAUCGCAAGUCACAUGAUAUCCCUCGAAAUGUUGGACUCUUCACCUCCCCACAUCUCAUUGCCGUUCGAGAACGCAUCCGGAUUAAUUCGGUCCCGAUAUCCAGAGAAUUGUUUGCCAAGUAUUUCUUUGAAGUCUGGGACAGGCUCGAAGCUGCCGCAUCGAAAUCAGAGGUCCCUACUCCGAAGCCUGUGUACUUUCGAUAUCUCACUUUACUGAGUUACCACGUCUUUCUUCAGGAAAGCGUCGAUACUGCAGUCUAUGAGGUUGGCGUGGGUGGGGAAUUUGAUUCCACAAAUAUUGUGGAUCACCCUGCUGUGACUGGAAUCUCGACCUUGGGAAUCGACCAUGUUUUCACGUUGGGGAAAACGAUCGAAGAGAUUGCCUGGCAUAAAGCUGGGAUACAGAAGAAGGGAGUCCCAUCUUUCACUGUGAGCCAAAUCCCGGCCGCUCUGGCAGUUGUUCAAGAACGGGCCAAAAGAAAAGACGUCGAGUCUCUUACUGUGUUGGCCGAGGAUCCUCGACUUAAAGGCGUCAGCAUUCGACCUAAUGCAUCAUUUCAGCGCUUGAAUGCGAGUUUGGCGAUUGCUUUGGCCGAGACUGUGCUCCAGAAACUUGACUCAGGCUUUGAGGUACGCGCGACAUUGUUACCGAAAGAGUUUGUGCAUGGAUUGGAGCAAGUACUAUGGCGUGGAAGAUGUGAGACCAAAAAUGAAGGAGAUAUCACAUGGUAUCUUGAUGGCGCCCAUACACAAGACAGCAUUACUGUUGCUGCAAAAUGGUUUCAUGAUGAGAACUUCGAGAAGCCAGGGACUCGCGUCCUCAUUUUCAACCAACAAGGUCAUCGUGAAGCUGUGGAGCUCCUGGAAGGGCUCUUCAAGGCCAUCAAUACCCAGAGAUCCGUGCCCUUUGAUCAUGUUAUCUUCUGCCCAACUGUGCCAUCAGAUAAACUGAGCAAUCGAGAUUCGAUGAACCUUUCCACCGAUACUGCUGCUGUAGCGGGAUUGGAAAUGCAGAAGAAAUUUGCAAAGAGAUGGAGAGAACUUGGUACUGCUCCCUCGACGACCAUCAAAGUGCUGCCAAGCGUAGAGGACGCUGUCGAGUAUAUCAGAAGCUUGAAGCAGCAGGGCGAGCCUAAGGUUCAUGCUUUCAUCACGGGCAGUGUGCAUUUGGUCGGCCGGGCACUCGGCAUCCUGGAAGGCGCGGAAGCACUGUGAAAUAGAAUGUCCAGGAAGUCAUCCCCGCCAUUAUCCCAUUGCUUCUAAACCCUCUAAAUGCAAAACC